AUGCCUCCCAUACCUGCUUCGGACACUCCAAGAAUAGUGAUAUACUAUCAGACGCAGCAUCACCAGGAUGGCACGCCUUGCUCCAUACUGCCGAUUAUAACGCAGCCCGAUAUCGCAGUGACACACGUCAACCUGGCCGCAAUCCACCUGAACGACCCUCCGGGAAACAUACACCUAAACGACCAUGCCCCUUCCGAUCCCCGCUACCUCACCCUCUGGGCGGAGCUCCGCGUGCUCCAAGCCUCUGGCAUCAAAGUCCUGGGCAUGCUAGGCGGCGCUGCAAAAGGCUCCUUCACCCGUCUGGACCUCGACGAUGCAACCUUCGAAGCAUACUAUAUACCUCUACGGGACCUUGUCCGCGAACGAAACCUCGAUGGCUUAGAUCUGGACGUUGAGGAGCCUAUGACUUUGGCGGGUGUAAUACGACUAAUUGAUCGGCUGAAAGCAGAUUUCGGGAAAGACUUCAUAAUCACUUUGGCUCCUGUGGCCGCGGCCCUGAUGUCCGACCGCCCUGAACAUAACCUCUCUGGCUUCAGCUACGAAGCAUUAGAAGUUAUGCGCGGUAAGGAUAUUGCGUGGUAUAAUACUCAAUUCUACUGCGGCUGGGGAGAUCUCAGUAAGACAGACGGUUACGACUUCAUGGUUGCGCGCGGAUACCCUGCAAACAAGAUCGUGAUAGGCAUGGUUACGAAUCCGGCGAACGGGAGUGGAUGGGUGCCGUUUGAGACAUUGCAGGGAGUCCUCAUCACGCUGAAAUCAAGAUACCCGGGCUUUGGAGGGGUGAUGGGGUGGGAGUACUUUAAUUCGCUGCCUGGUGACAGAGCAAGGCCGUGGGAGUGGGCGGCUUUCAUGACAAGAAAUCUGAGGAACUUACUUCCUAAGCCUGUGUCUGCAUCCGGUCCUCCUGUGUCUGCACCAGCUCCACCUUUUGAGAAGCAGAAUCCCUUCAUGUUGGUGGAUGAUGAACCGAAGGCCAAAGCAGAUGCGCCCGUACCGAAUGAUUUCGAGUACUAUACAGAUGGAAAUACCUCUGAAUGA